AUGACUAUCUCCAAUGAUGGUCCUGUUCCCCAAGCGGUCCCCAAAGCAACGAUCCUAGGCGGUUCUGAACUGCACAAGAAGCCGGCUUGGUGGAAGGAAGCUACUGUAUACCAAAUUUACCCUGCGUCUUUCUGCGAUUCAAAUGGAGAUGGCGUUGGCGACAUCCAAGGCAUUAAAUCCAAAAUACCUUACCUCAGGUCACUUGGAGUAGAUGUCGUUUGGCUAUCCCCCAUCUACAGGUCACCCCAGCGAGAUAUGGGAUAUGAUAUCUCAGACUAUCGGGAUAUCCACCCGCCUUACGGGACUCUUGAUGAUUGGCGAGAUCUAAAGGCUGAAUUGAAGGCGACGGGUAUCAAGAUCAUCAUGGACCUCGUCGUCAAUCACACUUCGGAUGAGCAUGAGUGGUUUGUAGAAUCAAGAAGCAGCAAAUUGAGCGAUAAGCGAUCUUGGUACUACUGGCAACCACCCAAGUAUGAUGAAGACGGCAACAGAAUGCCGCCGAAUAACUGGAGAUCCUUCUUUGGCGCUGAAUCCGCAUGGGAGUAUGAUGAUGCAACCGACGAGUACUAUCUCCGCCUCUUCACUCGGACCCAACCAGACCUGAACUGGGAAAAUCCCAAGGUCCGCAAGGCCGUUCGGGACAUCAUGUCCUUUUGGUUGGAAGAAGGUAUUGAUGGAUUUCGAGUUGACGCAAUCAACUACAUUGCGAAGGCUCCUGGCUUGCCGGAUGCCGAGAUCAUUGAGCCGGAUAUCCCUCAUCAGCCUGCAAUGCACCUUUACCUCAACCGCUCAAAAUGCCAUGACUUCCUGCGAGAGCUCGGAGACAAGGUUCUUUCGAGGUACGAUGUCAUGACAGUGGGCGAAACUCCACACGUGGAGGAGCCCGAUAUGGCGAUUCAAUACGUCCACCCCGAACGCCGUGAAUUCAACAUGAUAUUCCAAUGGGAACACAUGGACGUGGACCGAAUUCCGGGCACUUUGCUGGGAUGGAAGCAGUACCGACUCUCCGAAUUCAAGGCAAUCAUGAGCAAAUGGCAGAUCACUAUGCAAGAGCGAGGCGGGUGGAACAGCCUAUACAUGGAAAACCAUGAUCAAGGAAGAUCCAUCUCCAGAUUCGCCUCGGAUUCGCCCGAAGAUAGAUGCCUGUCGGGAAAGCUAUUAGCCACGUUCCUCUCAACCUUGAGUGGAACACUGUAUAUUUUCCAGGGCCAAGACAUAGGAAUGAUCAACCUUCCUAAGGAGUGGGGAAUCGAGGAGUACAGCGACGUAGUUUCCGAGAUGCACUAUCGACAGGAAAAGGAACGACGGCAGCGAGAGUCUAAAGUCACUGAUCCCUGCAUGAAGGACGUCGUGGAGGACAUACAAAAGAAGGCCCGCGAUAACGGAAGAACGCCUAUGCAGUGGUCUGGCAUGAGUCCCCAUGCCGGCUUUACUACAGGUACGCCUUGGAGGAAGGUCAAUCCCGAUUAUGUUGCGUGCAACGCCGAGAGUGCCGUCACCGAUCCGGACAGUGUUUUGAACUACUGGAAGCGACUUAUACGACUUCGGAAAACUUGGAAGACGCUUAUUUAUGGAGACUUUGAGCACUUUGCCGCGGAGCAUGAACAGUUGUUCGUCUAUAAACGGUCACUUAAAGGCGACAAGGACGCCUAUGUCUUCAUGAACUUUUCAGACGCCCCCAUUUACGGGGUUUCCACAAUCGUUCCUGAGUUUGAAGGUGACCUGGUUCUCGGAAACUAUGGUACACCUAGAGAUGACGAUGUAGUUAAGAGUACUGAUACACUUAGGCCGUGGGAGGCGAGGCUAUACUGCGCUAGGACAGAGUGGAAGGAUUACCGUUGA